UGUCGCACCUGUAUGUCGUAGAAACAACGCCUCUAUGUGACGUCAUCGAACCGCGCCACACAGAAAGCUCUCUAAGCGUGGAAGAGUUCACCUGCAGUCUGCAAACAUGUCUCGUCGAUAUGAUUCAAGAACAACCAUCUUCUCACCGGAGGGGCGUCUGUAUCAGGUCGAGUACGCCAUGGAAGCCAUCGGCCACGCCGGCACAUGCCUGGGAAUUUUAGCCAGUGACGGAGUGCUGCUGGCGGCGGAGAGGAGGAACAUUCACAAGCUGCUGGACGAAGUGUUUUUCUCAGAGAAAAUCUACAAACUCAACGAAGACAUGGCGUGCAGUGUGGCGGGAAUCACAUCAGAUGCCAACGUACUGACCAAUGAGCUGAGGCUUAUAGCACAGAGGUACCUGCUGCAGUACCAGGAGCCAAUCCCCUGCGAGCAGCUGGUCACGGCUCUGUGUGACAUCAAACAGGCCUACACCCAGUUUGGAGGAAAGCGUCCGUUUGGAGUGUCGCUGCUCUACAUGGGCUGGGAUAAACACUACGGCUUCCAGCUCUACCAGAGCGACCCCAGUGGAAACUACGGAGGCUGGAAGGCCACCUGCAUCGGAAACAACAGCGCUGCUGCCGUCUCCAUGCUGAAGCAGGACUUCAAGGAGGGAGAGAUGACACUUUCUUCAGCCCUCGCUCUCGCCGUCAAAGUCCUCAAUAAAACCAUGGACGUCAGCAAGUUGUCUGCAGAGAAAGUGGAGAUCGCCACGCUGACCCGCGAGAAGGGCAAGACCUGCAUCAAAGUGCUGAAGCAGAAGGAGGUCGAGGUGCUCAUCAAGAAGCACGAAGCAGAAGAAGCCAAAGCUGAGAAAGACAAGAAAGAGAAAGACCUGAAAGAGAAGGACAAGUAGUGAUGCUGUGUGCCCCCCUCCCCAACCCCCCACGCUUUGUUGAGUUUUGUGUGUGAGAACGAAUGUGAGUCUUCAGGUUUGUUUGUGUUGUUUCUUAAAAUAAAUCCAGAUGAUGAAUUAUUGA